UUUAAAAGCGUGAACUAAAGGUAAAACCCAACAUUUACAAGGUAGCAAGCGCAAAGAUAGGGGAAAGGGGGAUUGAGAGAAAAGCGAGAGGGUGGCUAUUAACAAGACGAACAUCUGAUGCAAACAGCUGGACGUGCCUUGUGCGAAUGAUGAAUUGGCGUUUUUUAAUUAAGUCGGCAGGAGUCUUCAACCAUCUAUAAAGAGAAGUAUUUUAUAACAAACAACUCUUUUUCGUUUUACUAAUUUUUGUCUGACCAGGUUUAGGCAAAUGGGUCCGAUUGGCACAAUCUGGAUACCAACCGUGGGUUUCUGAUGACAUACUCUUAUAGACAGUGUUCCAUCCUUUUAUUAUGCUCUAAUGUACCUCUCGUCAGCACACGCGGUAAUCUUGAAUUUUUAUGCUUCACGCUCCGUAUUAUUCUUAGUGACAAAAAAAAUAAUAACCGCCAAAGGCUUGCCACUGUUUAGCUGUAUUAUUACGAUUUCGAAACAAAAAUAUUUCAACAGCAUACUAUAGACAAGUUUGGCUUCUAGUAUAUUACAGUAUGGAACCUGAACUUUGAUUGCUCAAUCUAACGCUCAUUCGACUAACGCCUCUUUCUUCCGACAAUACAAUACAAUACCUUUUUUUUUUCUCGAGUUUUCCUUCUUUCUUUAGGUCACGUGAGAGUCACGUGGUACGCUCUAGUUCAAGCUAGUUGCUAUGAAUGCAAGCGCAUCACUGAGAGCUGGGCGGCAAGCGCUAAUGAAACGCCGCUCAAAUAAUCACAUGACUCUUUAGCGUGGCGAUGUGAAAACAGUCAAGAUGAUUAAAGAUCAUAUCGCAAAUAGCAGGCGGCCGGAAAAGACGUUUUCUCGAUAGUUUUUAGCAAGUUAUAAUCAAGUAUUGAUAUCUAAAUGAUAGUUCUAAGCUAUCUUUAUAGCGUGCAUUUAUACGCAGAUAUGUACCAGAUAUUUGUUUGUUGACAAAUGUCCAAAAUCCAAAAACUCCGUACCAGGGUGUUACCUGUUGUUUCAAAAAAACAGCGGAUUUCCCCACAGCCAAAACCAAUCGAAAAAGACGUCGCUAUAGUUCAUGAGAACUAUAUAUGCAAAAAUUGCAAGUGUACCGGGUGAAACUUCGCAUAAAGACUUCUAAAGCCGCUUCAUGAGAUCGCAAAGGAAUUUUCAUCCUUCGCAGAGAGAAUCGAGUUACCGCAAACUUGGAUGACAGGUGAAAAUAUCUAAACCCGAAAUAACCAGCAUCAAGAGGAAAGAAGACCCCUUGUACUUGAGAGAUUUUGUGUUUAACAAGCGACAGAACUAGCAAAAGUUCAGCUUUUUAGCGUGAAGUUCGUCAUCUCCCAUUCAAAAGAGAGAAGUAUAUUCCACUUGUGUUCGAUUGUUUUUAUUUUAUCCUAAAAAUACUGACGCGUCACAUCCUAUGUGGACCUUUUUUGUUCUUCACUCGGUCAAUUACAAUUGAUUUACAUCCAAAAAAAACUCGUCGGCAGACAGGGACCGAAAGCCAAACAUAGUUAUGGUCUUACAUCUAAUCAAGGCGUCAAAGGUACGCUAAACUAGACCGUCAGAACCUCUAAGCUCACACCUAGGAAAGUGCAAGAAAAACAGUGACAGCGGCUGUAAGCUCACACCUUGGCGAAAGUGCUAGCAAAACAGAGGCAGCGGAUACUCCGAGGGAUUGGCGGCUUAACUUCCAACACGUUACGGGUUAUUUCCGCAUACAACUCCCCCGCCAAGAUAAAACGAGAACUUGUUUUUUCGUCCAGUCUAAGCACACGACUUCAAAGCUUGACCCUUGGCUAUGGGUAAGAGAGCACAUCAAGGACGGCACGCCGAAAUCGUAUCGAAUUCUGGUAAUUUGAUUUGACAACUCGAGGGUUGUAAAACUAGAGAUUUCACGGAAAGAUACGUGGUGCGUAGGCAAACGGGAGACGGUUUAGGGAAUCAGACGAUUCGAUUCAGACUGGCAAUCGUUAGCCAGACAGGAUUUAACAAAGUCAGGCUUGGGUUUGAUACACGGAGACAAGGUUAGAUCUCAUUGUCAAGGGAAACGAGCAUAGGCCGUCAGCUGGAUACAAAAUCAAAUCUUCAAAAUGGCAAAGGCAAACAAUAAUUAUCUUAUGUACACAACGACAAUAAACCCACCAAUAACAAACGCAACAGUAGGGAGAGACGAAAUAGACUCGGAGACGCAGGCUGUCAUGGAAAUAUAUUACCGAACAGAGCUCGCGUCCGCGAUAACCCUGGUGAUCCUUGCUGCCAUUACGGUCCCGACAAAUAUCCUCUUGCUUUCGUCCAUCUGGCGAGACCCCCUCAAGUGCUUCAACAAGCCCACCACGCCUUUAGUGGUCGGCCUCGCGGUGGCUGAUCUUCUUACAGGCUUAACCACUGAGCCGUUUUUUGCCGUCUAUUAUGUCGAACGCUACACGACAAAACGUCACAUUCGGCAAGGAAUCUUGGUGCUGUAUCAAAUCGGCCAGUUCGUGUCCACGGUCGCCAUCAGCUCGUCGUUCCUGAUUGUGCUCGUGCUCUCUUGGUCCCAGUGCGUCGCCAUUACUUACCCUCACCGCUACAAGCAGUGGAUAUCGCGUCCGAGGAUCACGAUUUGCGUGGUCGUCAUAUGGUUAUACUUCAGCGUGUUCUCCGUUCUCCACUUCGUCAACAUUGACCAGAACACCUUCCUGAAGGCCGACCUCGCGCUUCACCCGACCCUCAUCACCAUUAUCCUGUUCAUCACCCUAGCGUUUCUAUUUCGAUCCUUCUCCAAACAAGUCCGGCGCAAGAAGAUCAGCCGAGGCCUGAGCAACGAGCGCUUCCCGAACAAGCGACAGACGGAAAAUAUCGAGCGACAGUUUACCAUCGUGACCCUCUAUCUUGCCGGGAUCCUGCUCGCUUCGGCUCUCCCACACGUUAUCGUCCAAUACGUCUGGUUGUACGGAUUAAACACGUUCUCCCUGCGAGACCAGUUCUAUAUUUUCAUAGUGAUGCGGGUUAGGGAUCUGUUAUUGUUCGUCAAGGUUGCGCUGGAUGCGUUUAUUUACGCGUGGAGACUUCCAAUGUACCGGAGAGCGCUUCAGAAGACCAUGUCUACCGAGGGCAUCAAGAGAAGAUGGGCGACGAUGGCGGAGCAACGUGAGAGAAGGUGCUCCGCGCGCUCGACUGUGGGGGUAUGACAUGACACUGGUGAGCACGCGGAACAUGUCUAAUUCAGAGAAGACUUACGACGAUGGUAGAACAACGAGAGAAGAAACGUCUUGCGCUCAGCUUGCGAGGUAUGACAUGACACCGGUGAGCACAGAACAUGUCUAAUUUAAAGAAGACUUCGGACGAUGGUAGAACAACGUGAGAGAAGAAACGUCUUGCGCUCAGCUUGUGAGGGUAGGACAUGACACACAACUUGCAACGACCUUCUAAGCUUGGCAAAUAUCGUGAGACGAGCGCUACCGAGGCCACCAUGGGAAAGUAGGCAAAUAAACAUGCAAAAAUAACAUUUUUGUCUGGCAUGAAUUUCACAACUAUGAGGAUUCCUUCGUAUGUAGAUGUGCACCGAAGCACUCUUUGCCCUGCUAGUUGGCUAAUGAAAUUCAUGUCAAUCAACUGUUUCUGACAUCCCUAUUGGCUUACUUCACAAACAAUUUAGGUGAACACGGUAGCGUGCGUCGCAUAGCAAUAUUCUGUGGUUGGCCAAUAGGAUGGCAGAAUUAUAAAACCACAGACUUAAGACCACAGUUUAUCGUAUUGCGCACCUCGUAUAACCUUAAAUCUAUAUUUGAUCUUGUAAAAAUAUUUAAAGCUUUCAAAUAAUAUUUUUUUGUCAGCAAAUUGAAAGAAAUUACUGAAUUACACAACUGUUUAAAACAACUGUUUGAUGAAAAAACAUAGUCACCAUAUGAGCACCCUUAGGUGACGUAGAUGUAAGCACAAACAAUAUGACUUAAUCAAAAAGUGACGUAUUUAGAAAAGAAAAGGGUAAACUACCGUAUUCAACAAUGACCGUAUUCAACAUCGACUAAGUCCUAAUUUGACGCGGCCUAGAUCUCAAAAGUCGGUCUUCAACGCUCUUUUAAAUACGAUUUUUAAUCAAAUUCAAAACAGGUUUUUUUGUUGCAUAAACUAAAGGUUGUAUGUAUGAAUCUUACAUAGUUCACACAAAGUUAAAAAAUCUGUCUCAAGUUUAAGAGGAUUACCUCAUGACAUGAACUUACAGACAAUAAAACAUGUACACCCACAAUAAAACAUGUAAACCCACAAUACAACAUUUUCCCCCACAAUAAAACAUAUACACCAUAA